UUUAAAUAUAGACCUGAAAGCUAUUAAAAAUACCGUUUUAAUUGAAAGUUAAUAUUAGUUUUUCAUUGACACCUUGUAUCUAGUGUCAAAAUGUACUAAAACCAUCUAGAACGUGCAACAUUGUGUCUUCCUGUUUUUAAUGUCAAAAGUUAUUUCAGCUGAUCAAAAGCAGUGUUGGCAAUGCCAUCAGUAUUUGAAGAAAUCUCUCGUAAUAAACUACUAUAUUGUGUGCGUGUUUUCCUAAAAAAUUUUCUGUGACCAAUCGGUUAAGUGCAUUAAUUAUUAAAACACGAUUUGAUAUCAAAAUUGAAUGUAACAGAAAAUGUGUUGAAAUCUAAAGAAAAAGUGUGUUCUGCGGAGGAAAGAUUUGCGUCGUGUAGUUGAAGUUAUACCACAAUCGCGUUGAUUUUUAUUUCUUUGUGGGAGGAGCGCAAAUCCAGCGACAUCUCCAAAAAAGGCAAACCAGAAAUAAAUCAUUGAAUAGGAACUUGAUGUGUUGACAUGUAUGCUUAAAAUUUUACAUACAUUAUUGUACUUGUACUGGAAAAUACAUAUAAGUAGCAUAUUACACAGCAGCGAUAAUGCCAACGAAGAGUUUUUAUGAAAUUUUAAACUGCAAACCAACGGCGAGCUUCGAAGAGCUGCGCCGCACUUAUAAACAAUUGAUUCUACAAUGUCAUCCCGAUAAAUUACAACAUAUAAAUAACAUAGAUACCAAAACAAAAAGAAAUGCAGCAAUUGCUAAUGAUGAUAAUGCCACAACCAUAACUAAUAUUACGCCUGUUGCUGUUGACAUAAAUGCCGAAAUCUUAACUUCAACUUCUUCAGAUCAAAACAGUGAACAAUUUGUAGCCAUAAAUGAAGCUUGGAAUACGCUCAAAGACCCUGUGAAACGAAGACACUACGAUGCCGAAUUGCUGUUGAGAAAAUUCCAAACGCACAGUAAUAUCUUUGCGCGGUUAACGCUUGACGACAUGAAACGCUGUGCCGCCACCGCAAAAACAAAUAGGGGAAGUGACAGUGGCAGUGAUAGUGAAGUUGCUUGCGAAGACGGGAUAGAAUGCAAGUCUAUUGCGGGUGACAUGUAUUGGUACUAUACAUAUGAUUGCCGAUGUGGCGGUCAGUAUAUUGUUGAUGAGUCAGUGGACAGUGAAAUACUCAACCGUAACCAGAAGCGUACGCCGAACAGGCAUAGUGCCAGUAAAACUUCGGAAGAGAAAAAACUGACUCAACAACAAAAACAAAAUAACUCCGAUAAGAAUAUUCAAGCAGCUGCUGACAGUGGCGCAGAAAAUGCGUCUACAUCGAAAUGUGCCAACAACAGUAAAAGUGUAGGAACUGGUGUUCAUGAAGACAUACAGGGCCCUGAUGCCGCUAAUCGCGAUGUCGACGACAGCGCCGUCGACGAUGAAGAUAGCGAGGUGCUUGUCGAAUGUAGUGAAUGUUCUUUGGUGAUCGUAUUGACUUGAACGCACGAAAUGUGUGCUGUCACGGAUUGGCUGAUGAAACAAUGCGACACAACAAAUAAAUAAAUAAUUCAAUUAACUCCCAUCUCCAUAUAUACUUACUUAUUUCGUAUACACCCACACGCCGGAAAACAAAUAGACGUCAUCGUGGCUAAGGGAAAUCGAAAAUCGUACAGCUCCACCACCGCUGCCAUUACUAGUAAAACCCGCAAA